AUUCCAUUAAAAGAUGAAGAACAAUAUCAAAUUCGGCGACUCUUGGACUCGGUUAACAAAAAAUUGCGACGAGUAAAAUUAUUUUUAACGGCCACCAACUGCUGUGGAGUUGAUGGAAGAACAAGCAUGUUCGAUGAGCCAGGAGUCAUCAACCCACUUCAGUCAGGUGAUGUUGGUGAGGUCGAUUGUGUGGAUAUAUAUAAGCAGCCUGCUUUUGAUCAUCCUUUGCUCAAGAAUCACAAAAUUCAGAUGCACCCAAGUUUCUCAACAGGAAGGAUGACAAGCAAAGUUUUCUCAAAAAGCCAACUUGUGGAUAUCAGUUGCCCACAAGGAAUGGUACCUAUACAAAGAACUAAAGUUGAUCAGGGCCAAACUCAUGAUUUGAAGUCUUUCUCAGAAUUUCAUGGUGGAAGCUUUAACACAUUUGCAACUAAGAAAUUCCCCAGCGAAAAUGCAAGUCUUUACACAAUGGGGGUUGCAACUUACCAUGGAGCAAGGGCAAAAAUCAUGGUUAAUAAUCCACAUGUGGAUAACCGCCAAUAUAGUAAAGCUCAAAUAUGGGUUCAAAAUGGACCCGAAGCUGAUACAAACAGCAUAGAAGUUGGAUGGGCAGUGCAUCCUGCUUUAUAUGGUGACAAUCGCACACGUCUUACUGCAUAUUGGACUGCAGAUGGCUAUAAAAAAACUGGUUGCUACAAUGCACUAUGUCCAGGUUUUGUACAAGUGCAUCCUCAAUAUUUCCUCGGUGGAUCUUUUCCGAACAUUUCUGUCUAUAAUGGACAGCAAUACGGUUUUGAUCUAGCCAUUUCUCAGGAUCAAUCAACUGGAAAUUGGUGGUUGACACUUGAUAGUUACCAAUUGGGAUAUUGGCCCAAAAAGAUACUCACUCAUUUAGCGACUGGAGCAUCUUCUGUUCAAUACGGUGGAGCAACUUUUUCUCCGCCUGAUGUGCAUACUCCAGUACCAAUGGGGAAUGGUUUUCUUCCUAGCUUUGUACCGAAUAGAGCAGGUCUUUUUGAACAUAUUCAAAUAAUCAAUGCCCAGAACCAAAUGGUUGACACCAAUUCCGAAAUGUUGGGUCCUUUUUAUGACGUCGGUGCACAAUGUUACCGCUUGGACUUUUUCAGUACUUCUUUUUUGGGGCAAGCCCUCUCCUUUGGAGGUCCUGGAGGUGUUUGUCCUUAA